ACGCCGUCGUACCUUGAAAGAGUUAUGAGCUACCCUUCCCCGAUAGAUUCCGCAGGAAAAUGGGGGCGAUUUCCACAGGCGCGCACAUACCAACUGCCUCUCGGGUUUUAGCCCUCGCACAUCGCCGGCGGCGGAGACCAAUUUUACCGCGCCGAUGCCACGCAAGCACGCGCCGGCAUUCACGCCGGAGGCGGCCUCCGAAUCCGCAUCCGGCGGGGCGGGCGUGCGGCAUAACCUCCCGGCGCUGCAGGCGAAGAUGAAGCGCGACCCGGAGGGCUACGAGGAGGAGCUCCGCCAGCUCCACCGCCACUUCGAGUCCUCGGUGUUCCUCUUCCGGCAGCAGACCGCGCUGGCCACCACCUCCUCCUCGGGCGGCGGCGGGGAGGUGGCCAAGGAGCUCGGCGACCUCGCGCUGUUCCUCGCCCAUGUCGCGCCGUUCUACCCGGAUGACCUCGCCGACUUGCCCGACCAGACUGGGGGUUUGCUCGACACCAACGCGCGCGGGUUGCCGCCGGGGCUCCGGGCACACCUUGUGCAGGCGCUAAUACUGAUGGUGAAUCGAAAGGCCGAGGAAGAGUCACGAGCAAAGAGAGCAUUUACUAUUCUAUGUGAUCUUCACCGUCGGAAGGUCUGGUUCGAUGAACGCACAACAAAUGCAAUAUGCAAUGCUUGUUUCCAUGCUUCAUCUAGGAUUAUGAUAGCCGCUAUUUCGUUCCUUCUUGGGUAUGAAAAUGCAGAACACGAGGAUUAUAGCGAUGCAUCAAGCAGUGAAGACGAGGCGAAUGAAAAUCCACAAGUUAUUCUUAGUAAAGAGGAUGUUUACAAGGCAAGCCACAAGGGAACUGCUGCCAGUAAGAAAAAGAAGAAAGCUAAAUUACAGCGUGUCAUUCGUAGUAUGAAAAGGCAACAGCGUAAAUCUGCUGAGGAAACCGGUUCCAGUUACUAUUCACACCUGACGUAUUUAAAGGAUCCCCAGGGUUUUGCUGAGAAGCUUUUCUCUCGGCUGCAGAAAUGCAAUGAGCGCUUUGAGGUAAGGAUGAUGAUGUUGAAAGUUAUCGCGAGGACUAUUGGGCUGCAUCACUUGGUUUUGCUGAACUUCUACCCAUAUCUUCAAAGAUAUGUUCAACCUCAUCAACGAGAUGUAACUACUUUACUUGCUGCAGCAGUGCAGGCGUGCCAUUAUAUGGUGCCACCGGAUGCUGUUGAACCACUGUUCAAGCAGAUAGUAAAUCAAUUUGUGCAUGACCGAUCUCGUCCUGAGGCUUUUGCUGUUGGCUUGAAUGUUGUGAGAGAGAUCUGCAUGCGAAUGCCUUUGAUGAUGAAUGAGGAUCUUCUCCAAGACCUCGUUUUAUACAAAAAGUCCCACGAAAAAGCUGUAUCCAUUGCAGCUCGUUCACUAGUCACUUUGUUCAGAGAGAUCUGCCCUUCAUUGUUAGUCAAGAAAGAUCGUGGCCGUCCUGUUGAUCCAAAGGCUCGGCCAAAAGCAUUUGGAGAAGUCACUGUUGCUAGCGAUGUGCCUGGAGCUGAGUUAUUAAAUGAAAAUAUUUCAUCGGAAGGGGAAGGCUCGGAAGAUGAAUCCUAUGCUUUUAAUUCUGACGAUGAGAUAAACCUGCCAUCCACAACUGGUACAAAAGAAAACUUGGAAGGUUCGUCUGAUGCAAACGAACUUGAUGCCAAUGAAGAUACUAUAGAGGAAGAUGAUGUAUCUGAGGAAGAUGAUACAGAGGAUGUAGAUGAGGAUCAAGAUAAUAGUGAUGACAACGAUGAUGAACUAGAAGAUGACUCUGAUAUGGAUGAUAUUACCGAUAUGUCUGAUGAGGAUAAAGAUGACAAUGAAGAACUGAAUGAAAACAUAAAUGAUUCAGAAAGCGAAGGUUCAGACCAGGAUGAAGGCAGUGAUGAAGUGGAUAAGUCAAAAAACAGCAGCUCUAAGGCGCAGAAGAGGAAGUUAAGUGAUUAUAUUGGACAACUUUAUGCUGCUGAUGCAAGCCUUCGAGCUCUUAAGAGAUUAGCAGGAGCCAAGGAGACUGAAGUUUCAUCGGGUGAAGCUGGUAAAAUUUUAUCUGAUGAAGAUUUUAAGCGUAUCAAAGAGCUGAAGGCAAAGAAAGAAGCAAAGCUGGCUUUGGCUCAACAUGGACUAAGCAGGGGCAGUGAUACAAGAUCCGCAACCUUUAAGAUUCCUUCUUCUGAUCAGCUAAGCAUGAAGCGGGUUGAUCCAGCUCAGCUUGAGGCUCACAUCAGAAGAAAGCUUUCGAAAGAAGAAAGAUUAGCGUUAGUGAGAGCUGGAAGAGAGGAUAGAGGAAAGUACUACUCCAAGGCGGCUGUGAAGCAGAAGAAGACCGGUGGCCUGAGCAAUAAGCAGAAACAACACAAGAAGAGGAUGCCUCUGGCAGCAACUAGGGCGAAGGCUGCACGGUCUCGACAGGAGAAGAAGCAGCAGCGCAAACGAUCCGGGAAUCAGUUCAGGGGCUGGAAGGCGUGGAAAUGAGAGCUCAUACUUUGCUUCUUCGUUAUUCCUGUAGCCUAAUGGCUCAAAUUUUGACUCUUCUAAUGAUCACUUUUGUCAGAAAAUAUUUCCAUAGAAUGUGUAGUUUACACCAAGCUCCAUGAUUUUGUGAAAAGGACGGGAUCUUUUGUUUUCAGUGCCACGUGUGAUAGGUUUUGACAUCUCAUUGUUCAGCCAGGUCUUGCACUGCUAGCACUGUAUUAGGCAUGUUCUCUUUGAAGUUC